GGCGCGAGACCUGCGGAGAGCUGUGCGGCUCCUCCGGCUGGGCUCCUGCUAGGAGGGAGCACCUGUGCUCGGGUGGCGGCUCAGAGGCAGCUGCUCCAUGCAGAGCUGAAGCUGGUCUUGCAGCAGAAGGGGGAGAGGAAGCAGGAGCCGGGGCCCCCGGUGACUGCCAGCGGCGCCAUGGAGGCCAGGAGCCGGAGUGCUGAGGAGCUGAGGCGGGCGGAGCUGGUGGAGAUCAUUGUGGAGACAGAGGCGCAGACCGGAGUCAGCGGCAUCCACGUCGCGGGAGGCGGCAAAGAAGGAAUCUUCGUCCGCGAGCUGCGCGCGGACUCCCCAGCCGCCAGGAGCCUCAGCCUGCAGGAAGGGGACCAGCUGCUGAGCGCCCGCGUGUUCUUUGAGAAUGUCAAGUACGAGGACGCACUGCGCCUGCUCCAAUGUGCCGAACCUUACAAGGUCUCCUUCUGCCUGAAGCGCACCGUGCCCACCGGGGACCUGGCGCUGCGGCCCGGCACCGUGGCCGGCUACGAGAUGAAGGGCCCGCGGGCCAAGGUGGCCAAGCUGAACAUCCAGAGUCUGUCCCCUGUGAAGAAGAAGAAGAUGGUGAUCCCCGGGGCCCUUAGGGCCCCUGCAGACCUGGCCCCCGUUGACGUCGAGUUCUCCUUUCCCAAGUUCUCCCGUAUGCGCCGUGGUGUCCAAGGCGAGGCUGUGGAGGGUCCCGCCCCAGCCGCCCCCACGCGCCGGCGCCUCCAGCUGCCACGGCUGCGCGUGCGAGAAGUGGCCCAAGAGGCCCAGGCAGCUCGGCUGGCUGCCGCGGCUCCCCCCACCAGGAAGGCCAAGGUGGAGGCUGAGGGGGCAGCAGGAGCCCGCUUCACGGCCCCCCAGGUAGAGCUGGUUGGGCCCCGGCUGCCAGGUGCUGAGGUGGGCGUCCCGCAGGUCCCAGCUCCCAAAGCGGCCCCCUCAGCAGAGGCAGCCAGCGGCUUUGCCCUCCUGCCAACCCUUGGCCUGGGAGCCCCAGCUGCACCUGCUGUGGAGCCUCCGGCUGUGGGGAUCCAGGUCCCCCAGGUGGAGCUGCCCACCUUGCCCUCCCUGCCCACUCUGCCCACACUUCCCUGCCUGGAGGCCCGGGAAGGGGUUGCAGCAGUGACCGUGCCCACCUUGGAUGUGGCGGCACCUGCUGUGGGUGUGGACCUGGCCUUGCCGGGUGCAGAGGUGGAGGCCCGGGGAGAGCCGCCUGAGGUAGCCCUGAAGAUGCCCCGCCUCAGUUUCCCCCGCUUUGGGGCUCGAGCGAAGGACGUGGCCGAGGCCAAGGUGGCUAAGGGCAGCCCGGAGGCCAAGGUGAAGGGGCCCAGACUUCGAAUGCCCACCUUUGGGCUUUCCCUCCUGGAACCUCGGGCUGCUGCCCCUGAAGCCGCUGUCGAAAGCAAGCUGAAGCUGCCCACCCUCAAGAUGCCCACCCUUGGCAUCGGGGUGUCGGGGCCCGAGGUCAAGGUGCCCAAGGCACCUGAAAUGAAGCUCCCCAAGGUGCCCGAGGUGGCCGUGCCUGAGGUGCGCCUGCCGGAGGUGCAGCUGCCCAAAGUGUCAGAGAUGAAGCUCCCCAAGGUGCCCGAGGUGGCCGUGCCCGAGGUGCGCCUGCCGGAGGUGCAGCUGCCGAAGGUGUCAGAGAUGAAGCUCCCCAAGGUGCCCGAGGUGGCCGUGCCUGAGGUGCGCCUGCCGGAGGUGCAGCUGCCGAAGGUGUCAGAGAUGAGGCUCCCCAAGGUGCCCGAGGUGGCCGUGCCCGAGGUGCGCCUCCCGGAGGUGCAGCUGCCGAAGGUGUCAGAGAUGAGGCUCCCCAAGGUGCCCGAGGUGGCCGUGCCCGAGGUGCGCCUCCCGGAGGUGCAGCUGCCGAAGGUGUCAGAGAUGAGGCUCCCCAAGGUGCCCGAGGUGGCCGUGCCCGAGGUGCGCCUCCCGGAAGUGCAGCUGCCGAAGGUGUCAGAGAUGAGGCUCCCCAAGGUGCCCGAGGUGGCCGUGCCUGAGGUGCACCUCCCGGAAGUGCAGCUGCCAAAAGUUCCAGAAAUGAAACUUCCAGAAAUGAAGCUCCCUAAAGUGCCCGAGGUGGCCGUGCCCGAGGUGCGCCUCCCGGAGGUGCAGCUGCCCAAAGUGUCAGAGAUGAAGCUCCCCAAGAUGCCCGAGGUGGCCGUGCCUGACCUGCACCUCCCAGAGGUGCAGCUGCCAAAGAUUCCAGAAAUGAAACUUCCAGAGAUGAGGCUCCCCAAGGUGCCCGAGGUGGCUGUGCCCGAGGUGCGCCUCCCAGAGGUGCAGCUGCCGAAGGUGUCAGAGAUGCGGCUGCCAGACCUGCAGGCGCCCAAGGUCCCGGAGGUGUGUCUUCCACAGCCCCCACAGGUGGAGCUGCCCCAGGCCCCAGGGGUGCAGCUGAAAGCUGCCAGGCCAGAGCAGGCAGAAGGGAUGGAAUCUGGCUUCCGGAUGCCCAAGCUGGGGAGGGCAGAGUCCCCGAAGCGAGGGAAGCUGGCCGAGGCAGGUGCCCAGCUUUCAGGGCCGCUGCUGGCACUGCCUUGUCUGCAGCCAGAGGUGGGUGGAGAGGCUCGUGCGGGUGCUGCCUCGCUCGCUCUGCCCUCAGUGGAGCUAGACCUGCCGGGGGCCCUCAGCCUGAAGGCGCCUCCCCAAGCCGAGCAGCCAGAGGGCGCCAGGGUGGUCGGCGAGGCGGGCUUCCGGGUGCCCUCUGUGGAGCUUGUUGCCCCGCAGCUGCCCGCGGCCGAGGCUGAGGAAGGACGUCCAGAGGCGAUGGAGAUGAAAGCCAAGCCCUCCUCCAGGUUCUCCCUGCCCAAGUUUGGACUCUCGGGGCCAAAGGUGGCCAAGGUGGAGGCUGAGGGGGCGGGGCGCGCCUCCAAGCUGAAAGUGUCCAAGUUCGCCAUCUCGCUCCCCAAGGCUCGGGCGGGCACCGAGGCUGAGGCCAAAGGCGCCGGCGAGGCAGGCCUGCUGCCCGCCCUCGAUCUGUCCAUCCCGCAGCUCAGCCUGGACGGCCGACCGCCAGAGAGCAAGGUGGAGGUGGCAGGGGCUGACAGCAAGCUCAAAGGGUCCAGGUUUGCUCUGCCCAAGUUUGGGGUGAGAGGCCGGGACACCGAGGCGGGAGAACUAGCGCCGGGCGUGGUGGACCUGGAGGCCAAGGGCUGGGGCUGGGAUGGGAAGGUGAAGGUGCCCAGGCUGAGGAUGCCGUCCUUUGGGCUGGCUCGAGGCAAGGAGGCAGAAGCCCAGGGUGGGCGCGGCGGCCCUGGGGAAAAGCCAGAGUCCACCGCUGGGCAGCUCAAGAUCCCUGAGGUGGAGCUGGUCACGCCGGGGGCCCAGGAGGCGGCAGGGACAGAAGGGGCGGUGGCUGUCCCUGGAAUGUCCGUGACCACGACCAAGCAGGUGGUCACUGAAGGCCACGAGGGGGAGCCGAGGAGGCCCCCACUGGGUAUCUCGCUGCCCCAGGUUGAGCUGACCAACUUUGGGGAGGCUCAGGCUGAGGGUACAGCCCCUUCAUCCCAGGGCACAGUAGGCCAUAAGAUCCAGGUGCCUCAAGUGAGCCUGGUACUCCCUGGCACCCAGGCGGCCGGUGGGGAGCUGCUGGUGGGUGAGGGCGUCUUCAAGAUGCCCACCGUGACCGUGCCGCAGCUCGAGCUGGACGUGGGGCUGGGCCACGAGGUGCAGGCGGCCGAGGCAGCCACAGGCGAGGGUGGCCUGGGGCUGAAGUCGUCCACCCCGGGAGCAGGAGCCAGGGCUGAGGACCAGGCCCCGGGGGCUGAGCGCACCUUCCGCCUCUCACUGCCCGAUGUGGAGCUCUCGCCACCGGCCGUGGGCAGCCACGCCGAGUACCAGGUGGCAGACGGGGAGGGGGAUGUGGGGCACAAGCUCAAGGUGCGGCUGCCCAGGUUUGGCCUGGCGCGGGCCAGGGAGGGCGGGGAGGAGGGCGAGAAGGCCAAGAGCCCCAAGCUCAGGUUGCCCCGCGUGGGCUUUGGCCACAGUGAGACAGCCACCACGGAGGGCUCUCCCAGCCCCGAGGAGGAGGAAGAGGAGGGUGAUGGGGAAGGCGCCUCUGGUCGCAGGGGCCGGGGCAGGGUCCGCUUGCCCCGAGUGGGCCUGGUGGCCCCUCCUAGGACCCCUAGGGGACAGGAUGGGGAGGCGGCGUCCAAGUCCCCUGUCGGGGAGAAGUCGCCCAAGUUUCGCUUCCCCAGGGUGUCCCUAAGCCCCAAGGCCAGAAGCGGGAGUGGGGACAGGGAUGAGGGUGGCUUCAGGGUCCGGCUGCCCAGUGUGGGGUUUUCAGAGGCAGGGGCUCCAGGCCCCACCAGGCUGGAGGGGGCUCAGGCUGCUGCUGUCUGAAGUUCUGGGCAGAUUGCGCCGCGCCUGCUGCCUGCUUUCUGGGCCGCCUACCCCAUUUGUGUGUGGAUAACUAGCACUAACCCCGAGACGGAGGGCGGGGGGCACGGAGCCGGCAGGGGCUCUGGCAGGUGCCAGGCCAUGUGAAUAAAUAAUCCGAGGUAGCCACAUGUGCUGUCUCCAGUGUGUGUGUGUGUGUGGGGGGGGGUUCAGAGAAAGGAGUCCCCAAAGAGGAGGUUCUGGGAUGCACUGGAGCCCAGCCUGGGGUGAAGC